AUGGAUAUAUCACUAUAUAAAAAGGGCUGGCCGUCUGUCCUGGCCGUGCUGGCGGUGCUGGGGCAGUGUCGGGGGCUGCGGCGCCCCGCGGGUGUCCCCGUCCCUGUCCCUGUCCCGGUCCCAGGGACUGUCACUGUCCCUUCCCACCCCGCCGUGCUCUGCUACAGAGGGGCCGAUCUGGGGGACGAGUGUCCAGCGCAGCUGCUGGGGCGGCCCCUGCGCUGGGACCGCCACGUGUCGGUGCAGCUGGUGCCACAUCUGGAACAGCUGGAGGCCAGCCGGGCCCGGCGGCGGUGGCGGAGCCGCCCUCACUCGUGCUCGGCGCUGUCGCUGCGCUCCGGGCUCCGCAGCGAAGCCCACGAGCGCUCCAUCUCCCCGUGGCGAUACCGCAUCGACGAGGACGAGAACCGCUACCCACGCAAGCUGGCCUUCGCCGAGUGCCUGUGCAGCGGCUGCGUGGAUGUCAAAACCGGCCGGGAGACCACGUCGCUCAACUCGGUGACAAUCCACCAGAGCAUGCUGGUGCUGCGGCGCAAGCCGUGCCCGGGGCCCGCGGGGCUGGGGCUGGUCACGCUGGAGGUGGAGUACAUCAAAGUGCCCGUGGGCUGUACCUGCGUCCUGCCCCGCACGGUGCCCUGA